AUGGGAUUAGAUGGUAACAGAAUAAACAAUCAGGAAGGGAUUCAGGAAGAAAUUCUGAGAUUUUAUAAAGGCCUUAUAGGCACAGCAGUUGGGAAUCUAUCAGCAGUUAAUAGAGCAGUAAUGAAGAAGAGGCCUACAUUGAACAAGGAGCAGAGAAUGAUGCUAAACACAGAAGUAACUAGACAGGAAAUAGAGAAUCCAGUAACAAUUAAGGAAUACAGACCAAUAGCAUGUUGCACAGUGCUAUACAAGCUGAUCUCAAAGAUAUUGGCAGCUAGAAUGCAGAAGAUAUUAGGGGGAAUCAUUUGUGAAGCACAAGCUGGAUUUGUACCAGGGAGGAGAAUAUGA